ACCAUGGGGUCUAGAGCUACUGAAACAGCCCGGGAACUGGAAGGCACCUCUUUAAAGUACCAAAUAGGAGGACACACUGAGAAAAUGUGGCAACGGCUCAAAGGAAUAUUAAGAUGCCUGGUCAAGCAACUGGAGAAAGGUGAUGUUAAUGUGGUGGAUUUAAAAAAGAAUAUUGAAUAUGCAGCAUCUGUGUUGGAAGCAGUUUAUAUUGAUGAAACCAGGAGACUUUUGGAUACUGAAGAUGAACUUUCUGACAUCCAAUCCGAUUCAGUCCCACUGGAAGUACGGGACUGGCUGGCUUCUACCUUCACGAGGAAAAUGGGGAUGACGAAAAGGAGACCCGAAGAAAAGCCAAAAUUUCGAAGCAUCGUACAUGCUGUACAGGCUGGGAUAUUUGUAGAAAGGAUGUACCGAAGGACCUCUAACAUGGUUGGUUUGGCAUACCCAGCAGAAGUGAUAGUAACAUUUAAGGAUGUUGAUAAAUGGUCAUUUGAUGUGUUUGCCCUAAAUGAAGCAAGUGGAGAGCACAGUCUGAAAUUCAUGAUGUACGAGCUGUUCACCAGAUAUGACCUUAUAAGCCGUUUCAAGAUCCCUGUGCCCAGUCUUAUUUCAUUUGCAGAAGCUUUGGAGGUUGGUUACAGCAAGUACAAAAAUCCAUACCACAAUCUGAUCCAUGCAGCUGAUGUUACUCAAACCGUGCAUUACAUAAUGCUUCAUACUGGUAUCAUGCACUGGCUCACAGAACUGGAAAUUUUAGCUAUGAUCUUCGCAGCUGCAGUCCAUGAUUAUGAGCAUACUGGGACCACAAACAAUUUCCAUAUCCAGACAAGGUCAGACGUUGCAAUUUUGUACAAUGAUCGUUCUGUUCUUGAAAAUCAUCAUGUGAGUGCUGCUUACAGACUUAUGCAAGAGGAAGAGAUGAACAUUCUGGCAAAUUUAACCAAAGAUGACUGGAGGGAACUGCGUAGCCUGGUCAUUGAGAUGGUCUUGUCAACAGAUAUGUCAGGACAUUUCCAGCAAAUUAAAACAAUGCGACAUACUCUGCAGCAGACAGAGGGGAUAGACAAAGCCAAAGCCAUGUCUUUGAUUCUACAUGCAGCAGACAUAAGCCAUCCAGCAAAAUCUUGGGAACUGCACUACCGGUGGACAACGGCACUGAUGGAAGAAUUUUUUCGACAGGGAGACAAGGAGGCUGCUUUAGGGCUACCAUUUUCCCCACUUUGUGACCGCAAAUCUACCAUGGUGGCUCAGUCCCAAAUAGGUUUCAUUGAUUUCAUAGUAGAGCCCACGUUUUCUCUUCUAACGGACUCAAUGGAGAAAAUUAUUAUUCCUCUUAUAGAGGAAGCUUCAAAGUCUGAAAGUUCUGCCUUUGGGGCACACAGCCAGCAUAGCUUGGGAGCAGUAAGCAAUGCUGAUGUACAAAGAAGACCCAGUGUUAAAAGUACUACAAGUGAUGGAGGGACUUCCACAGACAAUUCUUUAGCAACGGUAGACCUAUCAAGCUUUAAGGACAACUUGGUGCAGAUCAUUCAAGAAAACAAAGAAAGAUGGAAAGAGUUAGCUGUGCAAGACAUAUCAGGAAAAGAAAGUAACAGAAGUAAAGACCAAGACAGUAAAAGAGCAGAUGUAGGAAUACAGGAGAAAGCAUCAAGACGUAGAGAAGAUUUUGUACUGUCUAGUAAAUCCUGUCCUGUCUCAACUCCACUACCAAAUGUUCCCACUGGUUCUGUACUACAGUACCCUGAUAGUAACACAGCUGAGCCAAUGGAAAUCAACUUUUUAGUUUAUAAUGCAGACUCAGAGCUUCUACAGCCACAGGACAGUGAUAUUAUGGAGACCACAGAAUCAUAUGAGGAUUUCAUAGGGAAUGAACCUGCAUGGAGUAAGGAGGGUCGGGACAUAGAGUCAGAUAUACAAGAGAUGAGAGACAUGAUACCAAGAACAAGGAGUCUGGGUCCUAAUGAGAGCGAUGAUAUCAUCAUUGAGGAAUAUAUACCUGACUAUCCUGAAUCCCAACCAUUAACCCAUCCCUGUGAUUACCCUGCCAAAACUUUUCAAGAACACACCACUAAUUUUUCUUUUUUUCAGGCAGAUUUAACUAAGAGUGACAUGGAGAUUUUAUCACUGUGGAAUGAAGAACUUGUGAGAAAUGUUGGUGAACAGCAAAAAGACCAAAGCAGAAAACCCGCAGAUGCACAAUUACAGGAGGAAACAACCAGGACACAAAAUGAGAGUAGUCAGGGAAGCGAUGACACGCCUUUACCAAGAAGCUCCACUCCCAGUUCCUUCGUCCUACAAGUUAUAACUUUCGACUGUCCUCCUAGCGCAUCCAGCUCGGAGAAAUUCACUAACUCUGAUCCAAACCAGAAAGAUCCCACCGAGGCACAGCAAGAAACACAGCCCACUGACCCAUUGAAUGGUAAUAUCUCAUCACAAAACACACAUCAGUCUAACGAAGUGGUGCAGGGUGGAGCUGCCGCCGUGUCUGUUACAUCCCUAUUAAGCUUUGAUAUCCAUAAAAUGUCCAAUUAA